UAUCAGCUGUGUCAGUUCGAGAAUGGAUUUUAAGACAUGAAGAACAUGGUGCGUGAACUCAGAGCCGAAGAUCCAUCACAAUUUUCAAACUUCCUUCGAAUGAAAGUUCAGAAAAGCUAUCAGUAUUCGCGAGAGACGUGCCGUAACAUUAAGAUUCUUGGCGUCUUAUAAAACGCGUCGAUGCAAUUAUUUUGGUCGCUUGCUGUUUACAUAAUUAUUUAUUAUCUCAAAAAUGCUCAGCAAUGAUAUGUGCUCCCGAAGGUA